UCUGGACUGAGACCUGACUGUGGCUGCAGUAAGUAGUGAAUAAAAGAGGAGAAAUGGCUGAGGAGAAAGGAGAACGUAGCAUCCUGAUCACCGGCGCUAACCGAGGCCUGGGGUUUGAGAUGGUCCGGCAGCUGGUGGAGGGACCCUGCAAACCCAGGAACGUUUUUGCGGCGUGUCGAAACCCUGAUGGAGCUCAGGCGGAGGAACUGAGGAAUCUGGUAAAAAAGUACCCAGACAUCAUCACUGUUGUUCGUCUAGACGCGACCGAUCCCAGCAGCAUCCAGGAAUCUGCUAAGGUGGUGGGUUCCAAGCUGAAGGGCAGGGGUCUGAAUGUGCUGGUGAAUAACGCUGGUGUGAUGGCUGCUGGAAACAUGGAGGACACCACCGACGAUAACAUGCUUAGCGCUUUCAGCACCAAUGUUAUGGGACCCAUGAAUGUCAUCAAGGGGUUCUUGCCAUAUCUCCGCACUGCAGCUAAAUCCUGUGAUAAACCAGGCAUGUCCUGCUGUAAGGCAGCUGUGAUCAACAUCUCCACAGCUCUGGGCUCCAUGAGCAGCAUUCCUCAGCUCUACUCCAUCUUUCCUGCAUUCUCCUACAGCAUCAGCAAGGCUGGAUUAAACAUGUUGACAGUGUGUUGUUCUCUGGACCUGAAGGAGGAUGGAAUCCUCUGCACUGCUCUGCACCCGGGCUGGGUCCGCACCGACACAGGAGGUCCACAGGCACCCAUGGAAGCGAAGCAGAGUGUUGAGGGUCUGCUGAAAGUGAUGCAAACACUCACUGAAAAGAAUAACGGUGGAUUCUUGGACUACACUGGAAAAACUGUGCCCUGGUGAUCCAAUUUAUUUCUUUUGAAAGUUUACUCAAGUUUUCCUAUGUAUAAAUAUGCUCAGUGGCUGUAAAGAACCUUAAUAAUCAAUAAAUAAAUAACAAAAGACUUAAAAGUAUGCACUUUUUUGGUGUAUUUUGAACUUUUGCUUUUAAAAAAGUAAAAUGAAAAAUAGGAAUGAAUGUGAAAUGGAGUCCAGCUUUCAGACACUAUAGAGAGUUUUCUGCCCCACUUGAUCCCUAGAUGCGAGGCUCACGCAGGUUGCCAGAUUGACAUACAGUCUUUCUAUGGUUACUCUAUGCUUACUCCCAGCUAUGGUCAGCAACCUUACUGAAGCUCAGUGAUUACCUGUUCAGCAAUAAAAUAGCCAGCUUACCCAUUUCCGUGGCUGCAGCACACUGUCUCCAUGCUAUUGUCUAUAACUGGAAACCCUGAGUGUGGAAAUGGGACUGGGGGAAUGGCGGUGGGCAGAUUCAGAAGCUAAAUUAAGCUAAAAGAUUUCCGUGACACACCACACAGUUCAAAUACGAAAAUACUGGCUGAAGCUCUACUGACAAGAGCUGCCAGUGCUUAAACUCAAUAUGUUUCCUUAAUAUCUGAUGAUACAUCCUGAUUAUGUUUUGAAUUACUACAAAGAAAUGGA